AGAUGUGUACAAUGCACAGACUGGAAGCAUCAAAACUGGUGACAGAAUGGGUGGCUUUUACUCACUCCAGGAAAAAUAUCGAGCUUGAGCUGGAUACACUGGACCAGUUUGAAAGGGAGCGAUUAUCCAAAAGGAAUCAGAAAACUCCAAAGGCAGUGAAGAAGGAGACUGCACCAGUAAUUCAUACAAUAGACAGUCUACCAAUGGACGUUGAAGGAGCUGAAGAGUUAUACAGUGCUUAUGGUGGAAAGACACCAAAAACAAAAGGUGCAGUAUCGAACAAGAGACAACACACACCAGAGAAUGCCCCUAUCAAGAGAUUUACUGGACCCAAUCGUAGCCCCGCAGUACCAUAUUCCCCAGCUAGCUUCUCUCCAGCUAGUACGACACCAGCAAAGAAGUACAAUUCUCGGACAAAUAGAGGAGAAGUAAUGGUCAGUGUUGGUUUAACCAACAAUGUUAAGUGGCACGGGUCUGGUCAAGGUGUAACCAUAGAAGACUAUAGCACAGAACAGAGCAUUUCCAAAAAUAUGAAAUAUAUGUUCCAGAAAUUGUCCGAGAAAAGAGAUGUAUUGAAUGAUAUGAUAGAAGAUAUGGCUGAACAUCUUCAGAAAAUACACAAAAUUGAGGAAUACAUGCAUGUGGCUUUGCCGACCCAGGAGGAGGUCACUGUAGCAGGAAGAAUUUGUUGUGACAGUAACGGAAAGCUUAAUCAAAAGUCUGUGGUAUUGGAAGGAUCUAUUGAUACAUCUUCGGGGAAAACUAUCCCUGUAGACCUGUCACAACUGAAGGAAUAUGCUUUGUUUCCAGGGCAACUUGUUGCCAUGACUGGUCAUAAUAGUACUGGACAGAAAUUUGUGGCAAGCAAACUGUUUGAGAGUGUUAGUUUACCACUACCGGAGAUUCCAGCUAACACAGACACUAAGAACACAAGGUUAUCAGUGAUGGUGGCUGCUGGACCGUUCUCCACAUCGGACUGUCUGUCGUACGAACCUUUUACAGACCUUAUUGAACAGAUUCAGCUCACCAGACCAGAUGUCUGUAUACUGAUGGGUCCAUUUGUUGAUUGUAAAAAUGCAGAAAUUGAGAAUGGUAAAUUGACCGUUACUUAUGAUGAAAUUUUCACACAAAAAUUGGAUGAAGUUGCAACUGUGACAGCAAAUUUAAAUGUACAACUGGUAGUGUUACCUUCACAGAGGGAUAUGCACCACAACCCAGUCUAUCCUACCUUACCUUACAGUUUAGACAAGACAUAUAAGCAUGUUCACUUCGCAUCUGAUCCAUGCACUCUACGUAUAAACAACAUAGUGUUUGGUCUUACAUCAACAGACGUACUGUUUCACAUGGGGACAGAAGAAAUUACAUU